AUGCUCACCCUACUCUGGGUUAUUGCCGUCCUCUCUGCACUUGAUCGGGUCGCCAUGUCCGUUGCAAUUAUCCCCAUGUCAGCCGAAUUUGGUUAUACGGACACUUUCAAAGGUUCCAUUUCGAGCUUUUUCAGUAUCGGCUAUGGGCUCAUGAUUCUUCCCGCCGGACUCAUUGUCGCAAACGCGUCGCCCCGUACGAUUAUGGCAUGCGGAAUUACAGUUUGGAGUCUAGCCACAAUUGCGACGCCUUGGAGCACGGGAAUGGAGAGUUUGCUGCCCAUCUUGCUGGUUCGUGCCAUGGUGGGAGCUGCCGAAAGCGUAGUUUUACCUACCAUGCAGCGACUAUUGUCGACCUGGACGGAUCCGGAAGAAAAAAGUGUGGCCCUGGCUACCAUGUUUUCCGGAUUCCAGACUGGCACGGUGUUGGCGUAUCUACUGUCACCGGCGGUCGUUGAUCUUACGGGUGGUUGGCGCGGCUUAUUCUACACCUACGGUGGUGUAGGUUUGAUCGCCCUUAUUCCGUGGCUGCUAUUUGCGCAGGAUGCACCAUCCUCCAAGCAAUCCGACUUACCUACGGAUCAAAUGGGGUUUCAGGAGUCCACGCAAGUCUUUCGGGACGCUCCCUUUCGCGGAUUCUUUGAAAGCCCUGGCGUCUGGGCAAUGCUACUCGCGCACUGUUCCAAGAACUGGAGCCUCUACAACUCGUUGGCCUGGACACCUACAUUUUAUUCCGAACAGUACGAGAUUGGGGUACGGGAUUCUGCCUUCUUGUCCAUUUUACCCAGCAUCGCAGCCAUUAUCGGCGGCCUUCUCGCCGGUAACGUCGCCGACGCCAUUAUUCGCAAGAUGGAGCCUUCCGAAGAACGCUUAAGCCUGAUUCGCAAAGUUUUUCAAAGCAUUGGACUGUACGGUCCAGCAUUAGCGCUCGGUGUCCUAGCGCUUCAUAUUCCUGAAGACCCUACCAUCGCCCAAGCCUUUCUGACUGUAUCGGUCGGUUUGUCAUCUUUCAACGCCGCAGGCUUUGAAGCUGGCAAUCAAGAAAAAGCAGGUCCCAAAUGGGCCGGUCUGUUGUACAGUGUAACGAGUUUACCAGCGGUAUUGGUCGGAACUUUUGGGGUGUACUUCACAGGUCAAGUGCUGGAUUGGACGCAGCAAGAUUGGACCUUUGUGUUCGGGCUGAACGCCUUCAUCAAUGUUUUGGGGGCAACGGCUUUUCUGGUCUUGUACGAUUCCAAAAAGGAAUUUGAUUGAAGCCUAAAUACUUGAAUUCUCGCAUAAACUAGUAAAUAAACGACUACGUUCUCUGUA